UCUCCGCAUUUUGCUUUUGUGAGCCAUUCUCUGCAUUCGUAUUAAUGAAUUGAGUGAGUUAACAACGUUUUGAAAUUAAUUUCGCAUUUCGGUGAAACAUUAUUGAGGAAAAUACAACCAAUAAAAUUAACAAUUGCAAAAUUGUUAACAAUAACGGAAAUCUGUCGAAAGUUACACAUUUUCAGAUUUCACAACGUUUUCAGCAGUGAAAAAGCGGGAAGACGCGGCGCUAUUCACGACCUUGUGAAGUUCGACAACGAAGUUAGACUUUUCUGUGGCGAAAAAGCAUUCAGUAAAAUAUUUGUUCAAAAGAGCUAAUCUUAUACAACAAAGUAACACGUUUGAAGAAGCAAAAAGGUGUACGAAAAACAAUUAACACAAACUUACCUGCUAUUGAAAAUUUCUUGUUAACGCCCCUCUUCGACGCGGAGGUGGUUCAGUUGGUCGAUACGAAGAAUAUCGUGCUGCCAUUUCUAUUUCACAUUACAGUGAAAAAAGUCGGGUCGGUUAUCUGGUAGACAAGUAGAGACGAAAAAUUUAUCAGCAACUUGAAAUUUGCGAUCAAACAUGAAAUUUGUUGCAACAACAAAGGCCCAACUACAACAACAUGCGAAGCAUUACUCAUUGAAAUUUACUGAAGCUGAGCAAGAAUCGAAACGUAUAAAUAAUUUACACGCGGUCAACUUGGGAACAUUGAACAACGUGAGUUUGUGUGGUGCAGUGAAAUUUGCGAAAGUAAAAAAUCAACAACUACAAAUAAACGAAUAUAAAAAAAUUUCUACUAUUUUUAAAAAUUGGAAGAAUCAAAACUUUUGCAUAGCUGCGUCUUGAUUAAGUACGACUUUAAUAAAUUUUACCCCAUCCAAAUUAAUUGGAUUUCAAACCCCAAAACCUAUCAACCUUGGAAAAUAAAUUAAAAAUUAAACAAACACUCUUGGACAACAACAUUAAACAAAUUUAUGUACACAAACAAAUAAUCAGAAAAAAAUCGCAAAAAUUAAAAAAAAUUAACAACAAAAAGUGUUUAAAAGUGAGCGUUAGUGAAAAAUAUCCUAAAUACAAAAAUUGACAACGAAAUUUAUCAAUUUAUCUUUAAAAUUUCAUAAAUUACCUAAACAAAUUUAAGAGAAGCGUAAAAAGUAUUGUGAAAGCAGAGCGCCAAAAUACCUCGUGCUGUUCUGUCAAUCUACCCAAAGAGUCAACUCGAAUCUUUUGUAGCCGUUAGUUCAUCAUUGUUCACGCUUUGUGCUUCUCCUCUUUGGUGGAAACAAGCGAAGAAGCAUCGAAAAACGUGCGCACCAGUACCAUUAAAAAAGAUAUACAAGAGUAUAUCCAGUUGCAACAACAAGAAGCAGCACACAGCAUAGAAAAGUCAGGUACAACAGCCGAUAGUAAGUUGGCUGCAUUGCUGUCGUCAGAUCCGGCAUUUGAAUUUACAUCCGUAUUCGUGUUAACGUCUAAGGAUAAAGAGCAGUGUACUUGUGCAAAUACGACGGGUACAUCAACCGGUAGUGCAAUUUCCACAUUCUCUACGACGGCGUCUCUGUGCUCAUUCAAAAUUUCUGCUACCUCGCCUAAAUCUAAACGUAAGACGUCUAAUAAAGACAAGAAGAUGUCGCGCCGCAACAAGAAGGGAGGCAAAGGCCGCAACGGUGACUCCAACUCUGAGGAUGAGUCCUUCAACGAUAAUGCUAGCGUGUAUUCUUUUGUUUCCGAGAACGCACCCUCAUCCAUAAAUGACAUGGACGAGCUCUCGUCUAAUGAACGUUUCGAGGAAAAAUUCAUGCAAGCACUAGAAAAUGCCACUGAGAAAUCGGCACAGACACGCACUCAAGCUUUGCAAAGCAUCUGUGAAAUUCUGAUGCAUCGCUAUAUGCCCGACUUUGUCGACGAUCGCAAGGUAACAUUGAUCGAUUGUAUUGAAAAGUCGAUACGACGUGGCAAAGGCGCAGAACAGUCAUGCGCCGCACGCUUGGCUCCCUUGGUGGUCUUGCAGUUGGGUGGUGAUGUUGAAAUCUCUAAGGAAUUGAAUCAGUGUCUAUUGACCACCGUGCAGGAUAAGGCUGUUUCAUUUGAUGCGCGCGCCAAAUGUUGCACUGCAUUGGGACUGCUUAAUUUCCUCGGUGGUGAAGACAUUGGUGAUCUACUCACCUUAAUGCAAUUUUUCGAAGGCAUUUUCAGUGCCAGCUACUUGCGUGGAGAUGAAAAGUCGCCCAUCUCGGUGAAUGCCGAAGCUGGCGCCUUGCAUGCCGAAGCAUUAUCAGCUUGGGGAUUAUUAUUGACGCUCAUACCAUCCGGUGAUUUCGUUUCACUCAUGACCAAUGGACAACCGAUGCUGCCUUCGGUGAAAAAAUUGAUGGGUUUGUUGCAAUCACCUCAUUUAGAUGUGCGCAUAGCAGCUGGUGAAACAUUGGCACUGAUACUCGAGUGUGGGCGUGCACAUGAUAAAGACUUUUUGGAAGAUUAUUUGGGUGAUCUGAUCGAUGCUGUUAAGCAGUUAGCUACUGAUUCACAUAAAUAUCGCGCUAAGCGUGAUCGCAAAGCUCAACGCGCAACAUUCCGUGACGUGCUGCACUAUAUGGAGGAGGAUACAUCACCUGAAAUCAAUAUUCGCUUUGGCUCUGAAUGCCUUCUUCUGGACUCUUGGGCCAUUCAUCAUCAAUAUUCUGCGCUGUGCACCAUAAUGGGCCCGGGCAUGACCUCACAGCUGCAGGAAAACGAUUUCAUACGCGAUAUCUUUCAAUUGGGUGCCAAACUCGUCGACGAUGGACACAACAAAACUAAACAGUCCAAAUUGGAGCGCCAUUUAUUAAACGCAGCCGCAUUCAAGGCACGCACAAUAACGCGUGGCAAAAAUCGUGACAAACGCUAUAGUUACAAUUAUUAAAGUAGUUAAGUUGCUAGAGAAAAUAGAGAAAAGUUAAAUUUAAAUUAUGAAAUAAAAAAACAUUUUUGGAGUUCGCAUAGCGAAAACUGCGGAGUGCUGAAGAGGAAUCAAGGAGCAGCAAGCAAACGUAGUAGGAGCUGAGAAACUAACCGGUUGUAUAUAUGCGGAAAAGGAAAAGUCUGUGUCCUAAAGUGCAACAAUAUUGGCAGCCAACUUUUGCUACACUGUUGCAGCUUCUGAUGUGGGAUUUUUCGCUUUCGCAUGCCAACAACGCUGACUUCUCAGUUGGGGGACACAAGUGCGCAACUCUUUUGACAAUUUCCCAUUUAGAACGAAAGAUGAUUUGUUGAAUUUUUGUGUACUUUUCAUUUGCGCUCAUCUUUUAUUCGGAUUUUUUGCAACGAAUUCUUGUACACGAUAUUUAUGCAAAUCUUACAAUUAUUUUUAAUUUAUUUAGCAAUUUUACUAUACGAUGAAAACCAGAGGGGAAAAUGUAACAUACCACAAACAACAAACAAUAUAUAUCUAAAUGUAAUACAAAUGCUAGUUGAAAUUUAUUUAGUUUUUAAACAUACCUACAAACAAUUGCAGCAAGAACUCUUAACGUUAAACUUUUGUUAAAUUCCACAAGUACAUCAAUAAAUAUACAUUUAAUUUUACCUAUUUCCACUAGUAGAUAAUAUUUUGAAUUUUUCUAUCUACAUACAUUUUUUUUAAUAUUUUGUUGCUGAAUUAAUUAUUAAAUAAACCGCUAAAAUAAAAAUGAUUAAUAAAAUUUUAAGAAAACUAAAUAUACUGAAACAUAUGUAUGUAUAGUAUAAGCACAAGUGUGAGCGCCAUUGUGGCGUGGCAUAAGCUUUGCUUAGACGCGACGCGUAUAAACGUAAAUUAUUAUUAAUACGAGUAGCCUAUAUUUAAUUGUAAGUUAAUAAAGUUGUAAGGUAACC